UGUAACGGUUGGGAGGCAGAGGGGAAGGGAACGCCUGAAGACGCUGAGGGUCGUGUGUGACGUCAUCUCUUCUUGAGAUCUUGCAAUUGGAUUUCUUGGUGGCUGCUGGAGGUAGAGGAACAUUUCUUACUUGUCUGGGGGCGUUCUUGUAGGUCACGUGAGCAGAGGAAGGAGCUCCCAACACUGACAGUCUGCAGCCUGUUUUCUUGUCUUCAGUUUUUACCCCUCGAGGCAGAAUUUCGUGGCGCUAGGUACAGACUGGUAGUUCAGGUAGUGGUGGUAAUGUCCACUCCUUGCUCCCCUUUACAGUAGCGUAUUCUCGAUCUUUAGAAAGCAGUUCUUGUCUUUAGUUGUCUUCAAAGCACAGACAAGCCAGGUUGAGUUUCACUGGACUUGUAAAUAAGUUCGUUUGUAAUUAAUAGUCGAGUGCAAAGAAGAAAAGCAAUUUCUCAGUUUAAUUAUCGAUAAAUAGGUUCAUAUAUUUUUCACAUUCAGAGAAAGUUCAGGUGUUAGUGAUUUCAGUCUUUCUUCCAGACCAGACCAGACCAGACCAUACCAGCUACCUGGUAUGCAUUGCGGAAGGUUACAACAUAUCAGAGUACAGCUACCUCCCUAGAUAAAUUACUUGUCACUGUACUGUUGUGCCAGGCAUCGGUAAGUCCAUCUCGAAAAGCCCCAUGAUUGUGCAUUGCUGAGGUUCGCGACUACAGGUCGGGAGCGAGAGAGAGACGAUACGUGUUUCUUCAGAUAAACCAAUCGUCUUGCGACAUAGCAAAUAGAGGUGUUUGACACAGAAACAAAGUAUAGGUUGAUUCGAAAAUCACAAUUAUAUUGUUAAAUGUGACUUAAUUUUUGUGUAAACGGUGAUUAUAUACCAAACGUUUCAUCGGUAAGAAGUCAACACUAAGUGCAACUUUUAUAAACUGUUGGUGCUGGACACACGGUGAAGAUCUACAUACAUAUCAGACGGCCCAGGCACUUAGCGAAAGGAACAUAAUGGUGGCAUCGUGCGAAGACCGCUCAACAGCAAACACCAACCACAAUAACGCCACAACACAAAACAAUGUAAAUAAAGAGGGAACAAAUAAGUCUGAGGAAAAGCAAGACGAUGUUGCAGUGUACACCGUUUCUGUCGGUGGAGGAUACGCAAACGAGGCGUUUAAAGAUGACGGUGACGUAACAGGAGACGGGCGAGGAAAUUCACUGACGAAACCGCCUCCGCUUCCAUCUGGAGGAGGUGACGAAGAAGCGAACAUAAACGCCGAUGGGAAAUUUCGAUUGUCACGUCGAGAGAAGUGGCGCAUACUCAAGAAUAUUGCAGCCGUUAGUUUCGCGUUCAUGGUGCAGUUCACCGCAUUUCAAGGCACGGCAAAUUUACAGAGUUCCAUCAACGCACAAGAAGGACUCGGCACAGUGUCUCUGUCCGCUAUCUAUGCGGCCCUCGUUGUGUCCUGCAUAUUUGUACCCACAUUCCUCAUCAAGAGACUCACUGUAAAAUGGACCCUGUGUUUCUCUCUGCUCAUGUAUGCGCCUUACAUUGGGGCACAGUUCUUCCCGAGGUUUUACACUCUGGUACCAGCAGGAGUUCUUCUGGGUCUCGGCGCGGCUCCCAUGUGGGCUUCAAAGGCGACGUACCUCACCCAGGUCGGCGGUGUUUAUGCAAAGUUAACGGACCAAGCAGUGGACGCCAUUGUUGUCCGGUUCUUCGGCUUCUUCUUCUUUGCCUGGCAAACUGCUGAGCUGUGGGGAAAUCUGAUCUCUUCCCUCGUUCUGUCGUCUGGCGAAGGGGGAGGUGGAUCCAAAAAUACUUCACAGCCAGAAGACUUCUUGGAAAAGUGUGGCUCCAGCUUCUGUAUGGUAACGAGCACAGGAAACGACAACUUGGAGCGGCCACCGGAUUCAGAGAUCUAUGAGAUCAGCAGCAUCUAUCUGUGUUGCGUCCUGGUGGCAACCGGCGUGGUCGCCCUCUUUGUGGACCCCCUGUCCAGAUACGGUGAGAAACAGCGUCGGAAUGACGGCACCGAGCUCAGUGGCAUACAGCUGCUAUCAGCAACAGCAUAUCAUCUGAAGAAACCCAAUCAGCAGCUGCUGAUUCCAAUAACUGUAUGGAUUGGCAUGGAACAAGCAUUCAUUGGGGCAGACUUCACUCAGGCUUACGUGUCCUGUGCACUGGGGAUACAUAACGUGGGCUACGUCAUGAUCUGUUUCGGUGUGGUGAAUGCCAUCUGCUCAGUUAUAUUCGGGUCUAUCAUGAAAUUCAUCGGUCGGGUGCCCAUAAUGGUUCUCGGUGUCGUGGUCCACGCAUGUCUGGUAGUUGUCUUGCUAUUCUGGAGGCCGCAUCCAAGUUCUCCUCUCGUAUUCUUCGCCAUUUCCGGUCUGUGGGGAGUUGGAGAUGCAGUUUGGCAAACACAAGUGAAUGGGAUCUACGGGACGCUGUUCCGACGGAACAAGGAGGCCGCGUUCAGUAACUACCGACUGUGGGAGUCUGCAGGUUUCGUCACUGCGUAUGCGUACAGCACGCACUUGUGUGCGCGCAUGAAGUUGUAUGUCAUGCUUGCAGUCCUGCUGGUUGGGUUUGCGGGCUACAUCGUCGUCGAGAUCCUACACAAGAGGAAGGCUCUACGAAGGAAGAAGCUAGCAGAGGAUCCAAAGGCAGCUGCCGCAGCGGCUGCAGAACUGGCUAAACAAAACAAAACUGAGGAAACAGAUGACGAAAAGGAUGAUAUUGACGAUGAUAUAAUAAUUACUCAUCUAUAACAGAACUCACAACUCCAUAAUCGUGUUUUUAAGUUCAAAAGGAAGCGAAAUGGGUUUAGGAGUGAAAUCAUGAGUGCCAGAUCUCUUGGUGCAAUGUACUGACAGAAACUUCUUUUGUCAUGUUGAACGAGAGUAGAGUUCCUAAGAGUGGUUGGUCAUAGUGCAGCUUCGCAGGUUGAAUGUUUGCACGAGGAAAUACAGGACAGCGUCGGUACUAUCAAGAAGAGGUUAAAUGCUCCAACACACGAUAAGUAAAAGUGUAAACGCGGAAGUUUAUCUGUCUGACCUUCAGGUGAACCGGUUUCGCUGGCCGAGCUGAAGACAGAUCUUUGUCUGGAUGGUUCCGUUGCAGGAGAAAGACUUCAGUCCAAUAGCCUUCUCCUCCAGAAGAAAAUAACAACACUCCCAGGAACAGGGAGAGGCCGUUUAGAACAAAGUACAGUAAGAAGAGACACGUCAGAAUAGAGUCAUUACAGUAACAUAUGGUUUAUUGCAUAUCGGGUAGUACAACGCGAGGUACAAAAUAUACUCUACACUGUUAAGUAAGACCGUCUCACUCAGCACACAACUCAGUAUGGUUACUUGCUUUUCUGGUCGUGGCGCUAAUGUGCGAGAAAAACAAGUUAUAGCUUUUGCGUUUGAUUGGAGACUUGAAUUGUUGCGUAGGUUCUUUAAUACCCAGCCAUAGCUCUUAUUUAGCAGCACAUCUUCACACGGAAACAUAUCUCCCUUUUCUUCCGUUUAGGAUAGAUGAGGCUUUGAAAAAUCUGUUCUUUUGUACCCCAGGUUUCAUACUAGUCAGAUAACAGUAGUGAACAUUAUUUUUGUGCUCUUCUUGUGUUAUAUUCAAGGAACCGCUACAGCAGAUAAUAUUAAAAUGCACUGAUUCAGUGCCUUAUGGUCUUAUGUUCAGUGAAGCUCAAAGAGUAAGGUUAUAUUAUACGGUUUCCUUAGAAAAUAAUUCUGCACAUACUGGUCGAGGGUACUGUGCAAUCAGUAAUAUUGACGUACUAUUUCACUCCUAUUUCUUGGAACGCUCAAUGCAUUCAACAUUGUAAUGAAGUCGAUAUAGUGAGAUUAACCUGUCUUCCAACUGCUAAGGAGUAGGAACCGAUUGUAAAGCCUCAGGCUGCAGUAUAAGUAAUGUGAUGUUUUAAAUUGUUCAAUAAAUUUGAGUUUGUUUUUAUAAAAAAAUUACUGGCAUUCAAAAACUGAAUUACAAUAACGUAACUGUAAUCUAGUGUUUUCUAGAUAGAGAAGGCGAAAUCACGUGCAGUGGCCCGGUGAAUUAGCAGGACUCAAAGUCAGUUUUGCACACAACACAGCUUAGCACUGUCACAAAGACAUUUAGGGAACAUUGUACGAACCAUAUUGCAUAACUCAACUGUAGAUCCACUCCUGCAAUUAAACCACAAAAUCCUUCUAGUUAAGCUCCAUAUCAGAAUUUCGAAAAUGUUAAAAUCGAAAUUGAUGAGACACAUAAGGCAGGCUAAGAGAAAGUUUGACAAAAUUUACAAUUAUUAGCUAUAAAUUAGCUAUUAUUAGCUAAUAUCCAUAUAACCUGUAUUUAAGUUCAAUUUUCACAUUCCUACAUUAUUCAAUAGGUUAUCAUGUUAAUUGGCAUUGGUUCGAACCCGGUGACUUGUUAUGCAAUACUAUGUUACUAGUUUGCUCCAGAUUUUCCAUACGGAUGACAUAUAAAUAAAAUAUUAACAGUUCAUUAGUUGUUUUAAAAACUGCUCUAAAAUAAUAUUGUGUGUGUGUGUGGAUUUUCAGUUAACUUUGAGCCCCUGAUUUUGUAAACAAAAGGAUUAAUUCACACAGGAUUCGUUAGUACGUAGGUUAUCUAUGGGCAACAUUCAGGAUCACGAUCUUACAGAGCAUGUAAAUACUUCACUGUUUUCUAAUAUCUGAUCUCAUUUAUUGGAUUUUCGUACAUUGACAUUACAUGCUUUACAUGUAUAUUGCGGCCUAAGACGACGUUUUCAAAUGUAAUAAGAUUCUUGAGUAUUCUGAAUAAAUAAAGAACCUAAUGAAAAUCAUCAGCCUCUCGAAUUUCAAUACAAGCUCAGAGCUAUAAAGAAACUUCAUUCCAAACUCGGACUUCAGUAUGCUUCAUCCACAACAUCUAUGUAGUGAAUACAAACAAGCAGACCUGCGAGGUGGCUUCGGAUCAAAUAAAAGAAAUGCCUAUUAUAAAACCAAAGGCAAUAUGAAAUUCUACUGCUCUCUGGCACGAAACGUCGUCUAUCGCUACACUGAUAAAAAUAAAAUAAAUUUUAAUGCCUAUAAAACAUAAUAAGAUUUGAGGUCUUCACGGUGGUGACU